AUGGCCUUAUGGGACACGGGUGGGCAGUGGUUGCUUUGCAUCCUCGGAGCUAGUUUUCUUGUUCUGGUGGGCCAAGCGUCACGUUUCAAGCUUCAGGUGCACGAGUCCCUCAUCGCUCGGUCUGAUGACAAGAGCCUCUCGCCGCAGACGCGCCAGUGCAUUGCUGACGGUUUUAUCUUCUUCGACUGGUUCGCGAUCCCUCAGAUCACAGCCAGGAAGCACGGGGUGAAUGAGGAAACCACGAAGAGCGAUGCAGCCCUGGCCGUGCAAAGCAUCCCGGCCUACGUGGAGCUGUCGAAUCUCUUCAUCGCCUUGGUCCCGGAUCUGACACACAAAGAUUCCUUGGAGCCAGUCAAUUAUGCGUCCUGGCUUUCUCGAGGGUGGUGUCGCGCUGAACUAUGGUGUCGGCUGCUGUCCAACAAGUAUGACACCUCCGUCGUCGUGGUUUAUACGCCGACGGAGGCUGAGUUCAUGUUUCCCCUCGACUGGCAGGAUAACAGCAUUGUGGAGGGGAACUUCACCGUGGAGGCGGAUCGGUCGGAGGUCGUCCGCCUGGGGCAGAUCGUCGUGGAAAGCAAAAUCCGAUAUCUGCAAAAGGAAGGUCCCUUGAUCCACUACCGCUUCUACGCGGCCCUUCGCCCCAAGCUCUUGCAACAGGAAAGGCGGGACCGAGAUCUCGCGAGCUUCCUGCGACAGUUUCGUUACGAUACUCUGGACGUGGCGGCACAAGACCGGAGCGGAAUGAACGCAGUCAUGUGCGCGACGCUCUCUGGCGAUACGGCCCUGCUGCGACUGUUGGCCGAGCAACGCGCGAGCAUGAACCAUAGCCUGGAAGGCAUGAGCGACUUGGGAUACUACGACACGCAGACACCCCUUAUGGCAGCAGUGAAGUCUCAGCAGGAUGUUUCCGUGCUGGAAGCGCUCAUUGAGCUCCGUGCAGAGAUCAAUGCCCGUGCCAGGACGGGCCUCGUCGCCAUGUCCUUCUGCCGAUCACCUGGGCAUGUGAGAACGUUGCUAGAGCACCGUGCCGAGAUGACGCCCUCUGCUCUCUCCGGGAUGGCAUCCUUUGGCGGCCCUGAAUGCCUCAGCUUACUCCUCUCCCGUCGGUGUGACAUCAACCUGACGGAGGACAACAGGCAUGGCCCACUGCAGGCCUUGACCCUGUUUGCACGUGGUAACAGCAGAGCCGUUGAGACAGCAAAGUUCCUGCUGGAGCGGCGUGCUGACGUCAAUGCUCGCAUGGCGCUCACAGGAGGCCCUGCUUUUUGGUGCCUUGCCGCCAGGGCAAGACUCGCCCUGGUAGGCUUCGAGAACGAAGGCAGUGCGUUGAUGCGACUCGCGGGCUGCAUGGGCGGCAUCUCUGCGCUUGGCUACGCUGCACUGAUAGGCCAUGAGCAACUGGCACAGCUCUACCUGGACAAUGGGGCCGACCCCUUGCCAAAUGAUCGGGGCGACACACCCGAGGACCUGGCGAGGGCCUACCAACACUACCAUCUACUGCCCCUGUUGGCGACCUUCUCGACCUGA